AUGGCCAACACACAACGAUCUGCAGCCACUCUUGCCGCUCUCGCCGAAUUAACAAGACUCACCUACCACCACCUCCUACUUGAAAACAUGGGUACCGACCUCUUUAACGUUGAAAGAAACCACAGACAGGAAUGCGACGACGCCAUGUCCGAACUCAUGUCCACCGAGGCCCAAGAGCAGGUUCUAUUCAUGCGUCAACAACAUGAGGAAGCGCUGACGAUAUUGGACACUAUGGCUCUGGAACUCGAAAGUAAGAUUGCUAUUCAUGAAGAAGUCCUGAAGGGCGUGAGGAGCAUGCGGGCAGAGGUAAGGAGGUUGAAAAGGGUUAGAGUAUCUUCAUUUGAGGUUUAUUCGAGGGUUAGGGAUGUCAUUAUGGAGGAGCAGCUAUCGAGGAUGGAAAAAAUGGCUUCCAGAAUGGAUGAAAGAACGUCUAGCAUUGAAGAAAUAUUGCGUAUUCACAGAUCACAGUAG